CUACCCGGAUGUUGGUCCCACAUGUCGAUGAAAACCAAAACACAGUCGCCUUUAAAAUGGAAUUAAACAUUAAGAAAACAACCUCACAGGAUUUGCUGUCAUGUGGGAACGGAGAAGGUCUCAGUGAGAAGCUUCUCCUCAAACCAAAGGCUGCCAAAUCCCUGCAGACAGAGAGAGUCCCGAGGAGCAGCGUGUUGGAUCGGCUGCAGAGCUUCCUGCCUCAGAUGGCCGAAGCCAACGAGAAGCUGAAGCAGCAGAUGGCUGAAGCUCCAGCUGGAACAUUUGACAUAGAGAGCGUGGAGGAAGCAGAGAAGGUCAUAGAGAUGGUGAGUGUCAUGUGGUAAACAAAAAGCAGACAUGCAAACUUUAAGAAUUGCUAUUUGUUUGUAACCAUAACCCUAGCAGUUUCAGUGUGCAAUACACUUACACACCAUCUGUGUAAAUAAGAACAGCUGUACACAUUCAUUUGUUACGAUUACAUUACUUAUGAAUUCAGGGUCUGAAAAAGUAUUAAAAGUUGAUAAAUCAAUUUACCGAAAAUGAAGGCUAUUAAAAAGUAUUAAACGGCAUUUUCCAAGGUGUUACAUUUUGUAGCUUGUUUUCAAUAAGUAUAUAAAUGGUCCAAAGAGGUUGUGUUCUACAGUGUGCCUGAAUGUAAUCAUUGCGUAGGUGUGUAGUGUGAUUCUGUGUAGUUUAUUUAUGGCAUCCCGUUGGAUUUGACGUAAUCUGAACAGGACAUCACACGCUCACUGCUUGAUAGUGCGAAGCUCCGUUUACGCCGGUUGUUAAACAACAUCGUUAUGGGGAAAUGCAAGUCUGCGUCCAAAUGGUUGGAAGAUAAGGAGGAAGGACAAUCAAUACUGUAUAUAGUCAAUGUGAGGUAAAGUGUGUCGCCAAGGUAACCGGUUAAAACUCAAAGUGGCCAUGAGGUCUUAAAAUGUAUGGAAAGGGUCUUAAAAAAGGUCUUAAAAGGUAUUACAUCUGACUUCAGGAUUCCUGCAGAUACCCUGGAAUUAAAACCAGCAAUAUAAUACCCAUAUAAUAAUAAUAAUCUUUAUUUGUAUAGCACCUUUCAUACAAGAAUUGCAGUCCAAAGUGCUUCACAGUAGACAUUUCUUAAAAUAGUCACAGAAAAU